AGAAAAAUGCAGACAAGGACAGUUCUACUGACAUUAGGCAGAAGCUUGGUCAAAGCACAGCAACGAAGAGUAAAGGGAUAAAAAAAACAAAGAGAGAAAACAAUUCCAAUUUAGAUUAAGACAGAGUAGGCUGGAAAAGGGUGCGCUGACAAGCCAUCUCGUGGACUACAGACUUGACUUUCUCUCCAAGUGAACAGUGUGGCAGGGAGUGAACUGGAAGUUCAGACUGGUUUCCAUCCAGAGCGAGCAGACUGCCAAACAGCAUGGCCGACGAAGUGAACGAGGAGUCGAAUAGUAAUCUGGGGAAAGAUGAGCUGGACUGGGGUUAUGAGGAAGGUGUAGAAUGGGGACUCCAUUACCCAGCAGCCAAUGGUGAGUACCAGUCUCCCAUCAACUUGAACUCUAGGGAGGCUCAGUAUGACCCAGCCCUCCUGGAUGUCCGCCUGUCACCGAACUACGUGGUGUGUCGUGACUGUGAAGUCAUCAAUGAUGGACACAGUGUACGCAUCCUUCUCAAGUCAAAGUCAGUGGUCAGCGGGGGUCCAUUGCCGAGCGAUCACGAAUAUGAACUUCAUGAGGUUCGAUUUCACUGGGGGAAAGAGAACCAGAGGGGUUCAGAGCACACGGUCAACUUUAAGGCUUUCCCUAUGGAGCUCCAUUUGAUUCACUGGAACAGCACUUUGUUCAACUCUCUGGAGGAUGCUCUGGGGAAGAAGAAUGGAGUUCUCAUCAUUGCUCUUUUUGUGCAGAUUGGCAAAGAGCAUCUGGGUCUGAAAGCCAUCACGGAGGUUCUACAGGAUCUGCAGUACAAGGGGAAGAGCAAGAUAACUCCCUGUUUCAACCCGAACACUUUGCUGCCUGAUCCCUUAUUGAGAGACUACUGGGUGUAUAAAGGAUCUCUGACAACACCGCCUUGUAAUGAGAAUGUGACCUGGAUCCUCUACCGCUAUCCUCUCACUAUAUCACAACUACAGAUUGAGGAGUUUCGGAGGCUACGUUCACAUAUAAAAGGCGCCGAGCUGCCAGAGGGAAAUGAUGGGAUGUUGGGGGACAAUUUCCGCCCCACCCAACCGCUGAGCGAUCGGACCGUGAGGGCGGCUUUCCAAUGAUUCUCACUUUUGACUGCCAACUCAAAAAAAUAAGACCUGAAGAAACAAACAUGGAAGCAGGGAAGAAAGAGGUGAUGAAAAGAGGGAAGAAAAGAGCUGAAGAAGUUUGACCAUAGACGACAUAAAUAUUAUACAGCCAAAACACUCAUUUCAGUCUCCGUUUCUGCCUGUCUGUAUUUUCUGUCAUCGUACAUGCAGUUGAACUGAAUAGCAAUCAUUAAAGCGCGAUAAAGCAGCUCGAUUGUAAAUGACACGGGUGUCAAACGACGGCCUGGGGGCCAGUUCCGUAUAUGCGGCCCGCCACCGCAAAUUAUGUGUGUCGACUUCUCGAUUUUUGCUCAAAUAUCGAAAUUGAAAAUUGUCCUCACUUGUGAUAAUGUUGAGAUAUUGCAAGUAUUUAAUAAUAGUUAAACAAAUUGUUUUUUUUUUCAGUGGGUUAUCCCUCAAUUCGACUUACGAUUACUUUCUAUUAAUAUUAAAGGUCAUUGUAGAGAUAACAUCUGUGUGAGCUGUAGUAACUAGUUCAGGUAAGGUUGAUGAGCUAAUAUUCAUAAGACGAGUGUAAUAUAUGAACAAGUGUUAUGGAAAGUGUACUUUUGAACUGUUUGUAUACAAAACGUAGGGUUUACGGAGUGCCUGCCCACCCAUUAAAUGUGAAAUUAAACAA